AUGUCGCAGAAGCGAAAAAAAGUCGUCGUGAGUGUAGAGAAAAAGUUGGAAGCAAUUAGAAAAUUGGAUAGAGGAGAAAUCAUUCGCAAUGUCGCGGCUGAUUAUGGUGUUGGAGAGACCACCGUUGGCGAUUGGCGUCGAAAUCGAUCUAAUUUAGAGCAAUUCACAAUAAAAUCGGGCGGUGCGAUGACUAGUCAUAAAACGAUGAAACCGGUAGAGUAUGAUAAAGUUGAUAAAGCUUUAUUUCUAUGGUUCACUCAAAUGAGAGAAAAGGGAUUGCCAGUAUCAGGCUCCAUUUUACAGGCAAAGGCCAUGAUGCUUGCAAAGCAGUUUUCCGAUGAAAGCGAAACUUUUACGGCAAGUUGCGGAUGGCUCGACAGAUGGAAGAAAAGACACGCUAUUCGUCAGUUAAGCAUCUGUGGCGAAAAAAUGUCAGCUGAUAAAGGCGGAUUGAAUGAAUUUAAAGAAGAAUUUAAUAAGCUUGUAGAGGAAGAGGGAUACUUGCGGGAUCAAAUUUAUAACUGCGACGAGAUUGGUCUGAAUUUUCGAAUGAUGCCUUCUAAAACAUUGGCCUCGCGAGAAGAAGCGGUUGCUCCGGGGUACAAAAAGAACAAAAAAAGGGUCAGCAUUUUAGCAUGCAGUAACGCGUCCGGUACACACAAACUUCCGUUGAUGUGUAUCGGGAAAUCGGCUAAACCGAGAGCAAUUAAACACAUCAAACCGGAAGCCUUGCCAGUUUACUACGCGCAUCAAAAGAGUGCUUGGAUGAGUCGCGAUCUUUUCCAAAAAUGGUUUUUCGAACAAUUCGUCCCUUCGGUUAAGAGAUUUUUGAACAAAAAUGGUCUUCCAAGAAAAGCUAUUUUGUUACUCGACAACGCUCCAUCACACUCGAACGAGUCGGUUCUCAGAAUUCAAGCUUGGGAUGCUGUCCAAAGGCUUAGGCUUGAAAGAUCAUGGGCAAAAAUCUUGUGUUCUAACAAUCAAAGCGAUGAAAUAGCAGACAAUAUAGACCUGCAUAGCAUCAUGGAGCAGAUUCCUGAUUGUGAAAACGUCAAAAGAAACGAUACUGAGGAAUGGGUUCAUGGUGACGAUGUGAAGAAGAACUUACAGACGACGAAAUUGGCCAACUCGUAA